ACACGAAUAAUGCGUUCGUGACGUACAAGACAUUCGUAUUACGCGUGUAUCUGAUCGCACCGGGAGAAACGACGGCCGCUUUUCAUUUUCGCGAGUUCAAAAGCAGCGGAAAGAUCCGCCGGAGAUCCAAGAUCUGUCAAGCCAGCUGAGCCGAGGACGGGCAGGCGAGCCCAAAAAGAGUGAGCCUCCUCUCGCAGCGGCCUCGUUACCUCUCGGUAUGCAACGAGGAGGCAGCCGACUUGUUGCCAAACAAUUCGCUGGUGAUUCCCGUGCUCGCCGAUCGCGACGACGACGACAACGACGACGACGGCGGCGAUGUCACAUGAGCAACGAAUCGCCAAGUGCUGCUUCUGAGAAAGGAGGACACGCGACAGUGCUUCGACGAUGUCGCGAUGCAAGAGCCCGAUUUAAGAUCUCGAAUCGCUGCGAAUCAAUCGGCCGAUUGAUCUUUCCGAGCAGUCCGAGGCGCGCGAGAAACGGAAUACGGAAAUCGCCCGACCGAUGAGAGAACCCGGAGAACGCCAAGUCUGACCGCUCUCAUUGAUCGACGUUGCUUCUCGUAACGAUUGGAAGGAUCUUGGAAGAAUCGGUCGGAUUGACAACAAUGGGUGAAGUUAAUUUUAUCAAGAAGACUGUCAGAAACAGAGUCCCCGCGCUGAAAUGGUUGCCGCGCUACAAGGCGGAAGACGCGCUGGGUGACCUCGUUGCGGGCCUCACCGUGGGACUGACCUUGAUACCUCAAGCGAUUGCUUACGCCGGACUGGCUGGCUUAGAGCCGCAGUAUGGACUGUACAGCUCGUUCGCUGGAAGUUUCGUCUACAUCAUUUUCGGGACGUGUCGGGAGGUCAACAUCGGCCCGACCGCGCUCAUAUCUUUGCUUACCUGGACGUACGCAAGAGGAAUUCCCGAGUACGCGGCCUUGUUGUGCUUCUUGUCGGGAUGCGUGACGAUCCUACUCGGCAUCCUGCGCUUGGGAUUCCUGGUGGAGUUCGUGUCGAUACCGGUGGUGUCCGGGUUCACGUCGGCUGCGAGUCUCAUCAUCGCCUGCAGCCAGAUCAAGGGCCUGCUAGGCCUCAGCAUUCACGGUGAAAGCUUCGUCGACAUAUGGCACGAGCUGGCCAACAGCAUCACCGACACCAAGAUACCGGACUUGAUCUUGUCUUGUUGUUGUAUUCCGAUUCUGUUGCUUCUUAAGCAUUUGAAGGAUAAAAAAGUCAGCGAUAUCAAGCUGAAGAGGUUCCUUUGGACAAUCGGUACGGCCAGAAACGCGCUCGUGGUCAUUCUCUGCGCGGUUGCAUCCUACAUCUUCGAGACGCGUGGCGGUGCACCGUUCGUUCUCACGGGUCACAUCAACGCCGGUCUGCCGAGUGUCGAGCCACCUCCGUUUUGGCGAAAGGUCGGCAACGAAACUGAGAGUUUCAUCGACAUGGCCAAGAACUUGAAGACUGGCAUCUUGGUGGUGCCGCUGAUUUCGAUCAUCGGGAACGUCGCUAUCGCGAAAGCCUUCUCACGAGGCAUGCCCUUAGACGCCACGCAGGAGAUGCUGACCCUCGGUCUCUGCAAUGUAGUGGGCUCGUUCUUUCAUUCGAUGCCCGUCACUGGCUCCUUCUCCAGGAGCGCGGUGAACAACGCUUCCGGCGUGCGGACUCCCUUUGGCGGCGUGUACACAGGCGUUCUAGUCGUACUCGCGCUGAGUUUAUUGACUCCGUAUUUUUAUUACAUCCCGAAGGCGACGCUCAGCUCCGUUAUAAUCAGCGCGGUGAUAUUCAUGGUGGAGGUCGGUAUGGUAGUUCCGCUUUGGAAGUGCAAUAAACGUGAUUUAAUACCGGCGUUCGUGACAUUCCUCGCAUGCUUGUUCGCCGGUGUUGAGCUGGGAAUCGUGAUAGGUGUGACAAUUGAUCUUGCUAUACUGAUAUACCUCAAUGCACGACCAGCGAUAUAUAUCGAAUACAGAAACACUGCGGCAGCGAGUUACGUGUUGGUGCGUCCUAGCGCCGGGCUUCUGUUCCCGGCGGUGGAUUAUCUGAGAACAUAUUUGACAGAGGUGUUGUCGAAAAAGUAUCAGAGCUCUUUGAAAAAUCCUAAAAUCUUGAUGAACGUCGUAUUAGACUGCGAGCACAUUGACAAGAUCGACUUUACGGCCGCGCAGGGUAUCAGUACGGUCGUGAAAGAUUUUGACGAUAAGAAUCGUCAAUUAAUAAUGCUGCGUCCAAAUGGUGACGUGUUAAAAGGCGUACAAUCGAUGUUAAGCAAGCCCAUUUUAAUGGCGAAAAACGACGUUGAUCUGCUUACCAUUCUGAACGAUUUAAAAACUGUAGAGCGAUUUAGUCGAGACUCGAAGAAUUUUAUCGAGAUAGACACCUCGAAUUGUAAAAUUGUCUCUGACGGGACGAAUGAACUUAUAACUACAAAAUUAUGAUAUAUCUUGAAAAUCUAUACGAUAUAGUGUUGGAUAUAAUCAAAAUUUGUAUUUAUUUUCAUAAAAAUCUUCAAUUGACAAAAAUAAACUAUAUCAUAUCCGUUAACGAUACAGCUUAAGCAAAAAUAAGGUAGAAAAAUAGAGUUUAUAUAGAAUACAAUGUUCUGUGUGUAAUAUUUUA